AUGAGAAAAUGUGAUUGGAGUUGCCAGCAAAUUUUAGUCCAGUGUUAUAAGUGCAAUGGCGUAAUAAAAGUAGAAACAAGCUCUAAAAGAGCAUCAAAUCGUUAUUAUGACUCGAACUUAAAGUUAGCAAUAUCUACUAUUGAUGCUGGUUUAGGGGAAACAAAGUUGAAUACUUUUAUUUCUGGACUAAAUAUUCCAGCGAUAAACGCUUCUUCACUGAAAAAGUGGGAGAGAUAUGUAGGAACUGGCAUUGAAAAAUUAGCACAAACAACUUGCAUUGCGGCAAUCAAAGAAGAAAAAAGACUAACAUUAGAGUUAAAAAAACAAAAUAAUGAAGAGGUAGACGAAAAUGAAAUAACUGACUUGACUGGUUCGUUCGAUUGUGCAUGGCCAAAGAAAGGACGUCAAUAUAACAGUCUCAGUGGUCACGCGUCGUUGAUAAGCCUACUGAGUAAGAAAGUCAUGGCAUGGGCAUGCCGCAAUAUUUAUUGUCGACAGUGUAAACGAGUCGUUCCGGGAAAUCAUAUUUGCAGAAGAAAUCAUAACGGAUCGUCAAAAGCUAUAGAAGCCGAUAUGGCAGUGGAGUUAAUAUUGAAAAAUGAACAUUUAGUCAAGUUGAAGUGUAGAAUAAAAACUCUCAUUGCUGACGAUGACUCAUCUGCAAUAGCUGCUUUGAGACGACCUUCACCAUACGCAAUUGAAAAGUGGUCAGAUUUCAAUCAUUCCACAAAAACCUUUAAUGGUUGUGAACCAAAAGUCAAAGAUGCUCUGUCAAAUAUCGUUCCCCAUGCGUUCGGAGAUCAUCAGAACUGUGGUACAUUUUGCCAAAAAAAUGAUAAAAACCAGCAUGUUUACAGAUACUUCAAAGAUGGUCAAUGUUUAACAGAUUUGAAUUUAAAAGACAAAUUAGAAAAGCCGUAUAUCAACAGUGUAGCACAAUUAGCACCAUGUGCAUCAAGUCAAGCAAAUGAGUCUUUCAAUAACACCAACAUUGGAUACACAUUUAUUGUUGAACUAAAUGUUAGUUUGAAUUUAUCUCCUGGAAAGCAUACUGAAAAUUUCCGAAAAAGAAAACAGGAAUAUUUUGAAACUAAUAUACAAAAGAAACAAACGAUUCCUGCUAAAAAAAUACGUCUUAUUUUGAAAAAAGAAAGAUCAACUCAAAACGUAUCGACUACUAACCGUGAAGGUGUUACUUAUCAAUCUGGAGCUGGUUAUCUAGAUACGUCUGAUUUAAUUGAUGAAGUUGUUAUUGCUGAUCAAGCUACAUAUGAAGAUUGCUGCAUCGUAACAUUCGAUACUGAAACUACAGGGUUAUUAGCAACCGAUGAAAUAGUACAGAUAGCCGCAGCUUGUGAUAGUAACAUUUUUGAAGUGUAUAUCUUACCCAAGAAAGAAAUGCCUUCUGCAGCAUCAAACAUUACAGGAAUCAGGAUAAUCGGAAAUGAAAUGUAUAUCGGUGGAAAGAUAGACGAAAAUCAAACGUACGUUGGUGGACAAAAAGUAGUAACAUACUCUGCACGAGAAGGAUUUUUAAGUUUUUUACAUUUCUUGAAACUUCAAAAAAAACCCUGUAUUUUGUUGGCACAUAAUGGCUUCAGAUUUGAUGCACCAAGAAUUAUUAAACUGGCUACAUCCUUACAUCUCAUCAAUGAAAUGAACCUGUUCGUUAAAGGUUUUAGCGAUACACUGUCUAUUUUCAAAUCUAUUUUAGUAGAUAAAAAAAAGGAAAAGAAAAGCUUCAGUCAAAGUUCACUGGCUGAUGAUUUAUUGGCACGUGAAGAUGUAAUGGUUGCUCAUAAUGCUCUCAAUGAUGUUUUGAUGUUACCGAAACUUGUUGGAAAGAUAUGUAAAAAUAAUACUCCUAUUAUAGAAAGAACUCAAAGCAUCAACUUCAUUCAGGAUAAGAAAAAAUUAAAUGAAGCUAAAAAAAUUCGAGGAAACACGCUGUCAGAUUUAACCAUUACAAAGCAUAUGAAGAAUAAAAUUGCCAAAGCUGGUAUUGACAAAAAUAUUCUCAAAAAAGCUUGUGAAAAUGGUCUUGAGGGUGUAACUAUGUUAUUGGGAAUGAGUGUUAAUGGUAAACCACGUGUUACCAUGAACAAAAAAAUUGUCAAAUGCAUUUUCAAUGACAUGACAAAAUGA